CGGCGUUGAGCAGAACAGACCCAUGCUGACACCUGGCAAAGGUGGACUUCUCCGUCACCACGGGCAACGAGCUGGCAUCCGGCUGCCGUGGCAACACCGUUCACCAUGUGAUCACUGGGACAGUCUCUGAUAGACGUGGGAGGAGGAGCGAGGAUGACAUUUAUAUCAGAUGAAGAGUUCUGACUGUGUCACAGCUGAACAGACGUCUCAUCGUGUCGGGUAUGUUAUGCAUAUGUUUGUUUUGGUUUAUUUGAUAAUCUCACACAUUCAUUAUCUGGUAUUCUAAUAAACAAAAUGAUGAUAAUUGAAUGAAGACAACAUUUUUUAAAGUUGAACGUUUCAAAUGUUAAAUAUGUUUGAUAAUUUUGUUUGAAUCAUUAGAUUAGGAUAGAAAUGGAGUGAAUGACAGAGACAUCUGCCUCUUUGUUGAUGCUGGUUUAAGUGUUAUGAUUAAUAAUGAUAGAGCAGCUGAAGAUGAGAUUCAUGAGGACGUUUUCACAGUUUUUCAGCUCUCAGUCAUGAAGAGGUGUGGACUGAUCCUCCUGCUGCUCUCAGGUUACGUGAUGGUCUGCCAUUUUCAGUCUGAUCAGUUAGUCAGACAGCUCCACCUCGUUGACCUGCAGAAGUCCUGGAACGACGCUCAGCAAUACUGCAGAGAUGAGUACGUUGACCUCGCCAUCGUUAACAGCUCAGCUCUCAUCCAGGAAGCCCAGAAAUGGGCGGGGAGCACAGAGGUGUGGAUUGGACUCUCCAAGAGCGGCUGGAAAUGGUCUCGCCUCGGUCCAGUUCAGUCAUCCUGGUUUAAUUCCUGGUCCCCGGGACAGCCAGGGACUGGGGAGUGUGUUACAAUAUCUAGUGAUGGAUCAUGGUCCACAAAACAGUGCUCAGAACAACAUAGCUUUUUCUGCUUUAAUGGCAUGAGUAGCAGUAUCAUCCUGGUGCCGACCUUGAUGACCUGGCCUGAUGCUCAGUCUUACUGCAGACAGACAUACAUAGACCUGAGCAGCAUGAUUGAUUCAAAUGUAAACACCAUGGUCGCUAACAUGUUGACAUCUUCUAAUCAGGCCUGGAUUGGACUGUAUAGAAAUUACUGGACGUGGUCAAACUUGAGCACAGCCUCAAACCUGCCGUGGGGGCCCGGGCAGCCUGAUGACACUCAAAACUGUGCCACAAUAGAUGCAUCAACGGGCUCCUUCUACAGUCAUAAUUGUAAUGAACAACGCCCCUUCCUCUGCUCCAGAGAUGUCAAAUCUUCUCGAGCCUCGAGGUCAGUGAAGGUUCAGCUGAGGGCAGGAUCUGCAGACCUGAACGACCCCACAGUGCAAGAAUCCAUCCUGCAACAGGUGAGGGAGAAGCUGCUGGAGCAAGGGAUCAGAGAAGAGGUGAAGCUGAGGUGGAAGACGCAGCCUGAUGGGAAGAUUUUCCACAGAGAGGAGGAGACAGCCGGUUACUGUGAGAAGGAAUACUGUGGGUCGGUUUAGUCUGAACGUUAUUGGCUGAUUUUCCUCAGAUGAUCUGCUGUGUAAUUCAACUGAUUUCCAUCUCUAUACUCUGACUGCUGGACUGUAAUAGUGUAGCUUUGCAUGACUGAUAGUUGGAAAUAAUCCUUAUUUAUCCUAAGCUCAGAUCAAAGAGUGUCUGAUGAGCUGUUUUAUGCCUCUUUGUUUCUUCUGAUUGGUGCAGCUAAAGUUUGCAGG